ACCUCCAGAUUUGCAUUUUCAGAGGAGGAGAACUAUAGUCUGAAGAAAAUUGCCAAAAUUGAAGAUCCAGCGGAUUAUUCACGGCUUGGACUGCUGCCCCAAAGAGCAGAUAUAGACAUGAAUCAACAUGUAAACUUCGUCACCCAUAUUGGCUGGGUCCUAGAGAGCAUGCCCCAAGGAAUUAUUGACACAAACGAACUCCAAACCAUCACCUUGGAUUUCCGACGCGAAUGCCAGCACGACGUCAUGGUCGACUCACUUACCAGCUUAGACUCAGAAGAAAUCCUGCUUUCAAAGAGCACCAAUGACCACCCCUCCAACCAGCAACACAACCAUGGGAGCGGUUAUCUUCAUUUCCUGCACUUCUUGAGACUUUCAGGGACCAGCUUGGAAAUAAGCAGAGGGCGAACUAUUUGGAGGAAACUCAUCCGAGAAAAUACUAGUGGAUUUGAUCCAUUAAAAGGGCACAAUUCUCUCAAGUGGAUAUUGCUCGCUAGA